AUGUGGCGGGUGUCGACAAGUAUUAUACUUCUGACCGUACUCGCAAAUGCUGCUGACCUAGAAGAGCAAGUUUACGACAUACCGGAAGAAAAGCAUACAGAAGCUAUGACAUUGUUCGGUAUCGGUCCGCAGGAGCAACGUAUUUAUGCGAAACGAGAUCUAGAUGGUGAUAUGCCUGGUGUGCUUAGAUUUGGAAAACGCAGGGGCUUUGAGAAAAAAGAAGUUCCUGGUGUUCUCCGUUUCGGGAAGCGAACCAACAAAAAAAGUGUGCCGGGUGUGCUUCGAUUCGGCAAACGAAGCGUUCCUGGAGUAUUGCGAUUUGGAAAAAGGGAAAUGCCAGGAAUGUUGAGAUUUGACAAACGAUCCACAUAUGACAUACUCCCUAUGGAACUUCUCGACAAAAAAAGCGUCCCCGGAGUUCUUCGUUUUGGCAAGUAA